AUGGAGGGGACUGACGCGUCAGCUCCAAGUUCCACCGAACGACAGCCGACUCUUGCAAAUAUUCCAUCGGUUCAAAGCACUGAGACGCCAGAAACGAAAAAUGAAACAAUCGUUGACACUGUGCUCGGUGCUAUUCAUAAAUCUACCGUUCCUAGCUUCGCAGCAGAAAGUGGGACAAGAACAGAGGGAACGCUUGAUCAAACCGCCGCUGCAGGGUAUUUAGGAAGCCACAAGGAUGAAACGGAAAGUUCGGCUUCUGUAGAAAUGACCACCAGUGCCGCUGUCAGCGCCUCGCACCUAAUAGACCAAGACGGCACUGCGACGCCAGCAGGCACAUUGGAACAGCCUGCAGUAGCAUUAUCCACUGUACAACCGCUUCAAGAUGGCAUCAAAAUUUACAAAGCACCGAAUGAAGAUAAAAAAGACAAGUACGACAUAUCAUGCAGCAGUCAUGGUGGUCUAGUGGUUGCAACUAGGCCUCCUCUUUAA